AAACGUCCACGCCUCACCACCUCGACAACACCCUCCUCGCUUCUCAACGAGGAAGACCGCCUCCUCGUUCACCUUCGCGAAGACCUCGCCCUCCCGUGGAAAGAAGUCAUCGCCCGCUUCAAAUCCUCCACGGGAAAACCUUUCCAAAUCGCACAAUUGCAAAUGCGGUAUAAGCGACUGAGAGAGAAGUAUCGCGUAUGGGAGGAGAGCGAUACGGAAGCACUGAAGAAGGCGGUGGAGGAGUGGGAGAGGUGUAAGUGGGAGAUUGUGAGUGCGAAGGUAAGUUCUCUAUCCGCGAUGUUGAGCUACGGUGUCGAAGAGAAAUGGCCGCCUGGCAUGUGCGGUCGGAAAUGGCGACAGCUGGAAUUGGCG